AUGUCACAUUUAGGUGGUAGACCCAAACAUCGUUUAACUGAACAUUUUCUUGUACUAGAUGAGAAAGCUAAUAGCACCAACAAAGCCGCUGUUUGCAAAUAUUGUAUUGAUCAUUUUGGUUUUCAACAGGCAUGUUUAAUCAGUAAGGUUACAAAUGUUGUUGAUAAUCCAGAAACAAAGGCUUUUUUUUCGUGGCUUGGUAAAUUUAUUAAAUUACCAAGUUGUCAAUCAUUAUCAGAUCGAAUUUUAAAAGAUGUUACAAAGGAAAUUACACAAGUACAAGUUGCAAUG